AACAGUUGAUAGCUGUGUUGUGUGCAAUAUCUAUGGAUUUUGGGAAUCUGUUUAUGUUUAUGCAUACAAAUGUAUGUACUAAAUGAACAUACAAUAAAUGCAAGACAUAUACAUAUAUGAUUAGGUUAAUCAUAUUAUAGACAAAUUUGCUAACUGUUUAAUGAGAAAAGUAUUGUUUUCAAAGCAAUGGUUUCAGCCCCAAUGUUAAUAACUUAAAAAAUGUGCAUUUUCGGGCUCUAAUUCCCUUUUAAAAGAAGUUUUUUUUUAUUAAUUUAAAUCGUUAUAAUCCAUCGAAAACGGUACACUGGCUUCAUUAAAGAAAUCUGCAUUAUUUAAACAGAAGAAAUUGUUUGUAUUAAUAAUGAGUAAAACGUCUUUUUAUAAAGUUCUUAAUGGAUGUAUUGCUCAACGAGAAAAAAAUCUAUGACUUUCCCAAUGGAUAUAUUGCUGGAACUAAAAAAAAAUUAAAUAAAUAGAAUACACAUCAACGAGAACAAAAUGGCAAACACAAUAUCGUUAAUGUCCAAUGUGAUACGCAAUGUAGUGAGCAAAAAUCGUAUUCGGUACAAAGGAGAGCGAUUCGACUUGGAUCUUACAUACAUUUACGACAAUAUAAUUGCCAUGGGGUAUCCAGCGCCAGAUAAACUGGAGGGCAUGUACAGAAAUUGUCAAGAAGAUGUUCUCAAAUUUUUGGAUGAAAAGCAUGGAGAUCAUUAUAAAAUAUACAAUCUAUGUCUUGAACGCAGUUAUGACACCAAUAAAUUUCAUGGGAGAGUUGCAAUUUUUCCGUUCGAAGAUCAUAAUCCUCCAACGAUUGAAUUGAUACAAAAAUUUUGUAAAGAUGUGGAUUCUUGGCUCAAGGAAGAUGUAUUAAAUGUCGUUGCCGUACAUUGUAAAGCUGGAAAAGGAAGAACAGGUACCAUGAUUUGUGCAUAUUUACUGUACAGUGGCUUACAGAAAUCCGCUGAUGAGGCCUUGGCCUGGUAUGAUGAAAAACGUACAAAGGAUCGUAAAGGUGUCACAAUCCCAUCUCAGCGACGAUAUGUUCAGUAUUUUUCAAACCUAGUUUGUUCUAGUGUUCCAUAUUCAAAAAAAAUGUUUAAAGUCUGUGAAAUACGGUUUUCGGAGUCCAGUUUGCUGAAAAACCUAGGGACGGUACAAUGUAAAGUAUUUGUACUACAGGACUCUACAACAGAAAAUGUAAAAGCACAUAGACCGAAAACGUGGACUUUUGAUUUUCAAGAAUCUUGUGUGUUGAAUAUAAAUAAUCCAUCUCUAUCGGUUGCCGGUGAUAUAAAAUUUGAAUUUGCACAAAAGUCUUCACAGAAAGCAAUUUGCCAUUUUUGGCUAAAUACAUUCUUCGUUCAAAAUUCUUCAGUUUGCGAAUCCGACGGAACCCUUUUAAAAUGUACAUACACAUUAAAAAAAUCAGAAAUCGAUGGUGUUCAUAAAGACCGCAAACACAAAUCGUUUUCAGAAGACUUCAAGAUUUCCAUAUUAUUCGAGGGAGAAGCGUGUUUCAAUGAUGAAACGAAAUCGAAAAAGCAACCAAAAGCCGCAUUGGAAAACCAGGAUAUAUCGACUAAAAUUCAAUACGACACAACAACCAAUUUAAAAAAUGUCUCGACUGCGUCAAAACGCAAACAGCCCAAUAACAUACCUCUUGCAUCAAACUUAAAUAAUGAUUCCACAGGAAUGGAUUUAAAAAAAAUACAUACUUUCAAACCACCGUCCAUUACAAAAAGUAACUUAACCACUUGGGAAAAUGGUGAAAUUAAUAUCACCUCUGAUACUCGAAGUAUAAAUGAUAAUAAACACAUCAAUUAUGAUUCAUACAUCACAUAUAAGCAAUCUUCUCCAAAAGAUGGAGAGGAAGAUUGGGAAUCUGAUUUUCGCUUACAAAGAGGACGAAUUCCAUCCAAAUCUUCGAUUGACCGUAGAAACUCUGAUAGCUCAGCCAUGUACCAAUGUGGGACGGUUAUUCAGUACGUUCAGAAGAGAGACUGGGCUAAGAACUACGACUGAAUCAUGUCCGAAUGGUGAAUCAACACGCCUGUAAUCAAUACUUACGGACUUAUAAUUCUUGGUGAUGUAGAAAAGUAAAUAAAACUGCUAAGCAAUUGGCUAAUCUUAUCGAAUUUGUAAAUAUACUGUACUAUGAUAUUUAUUUAAGUAGUUCUAAAAAUAAUGUUUAAUAAUAAACUCAUGUAAAUUUUGUAAUGUAGAAAUCAGUAAAGCCAUAUAUGUACGA